AUGGCAGGGCAGGGUCAGCCAAAUGAAGAGACCAUGUCAGAAGGCAGGAUAACAAAGAAGGGGAGAGGUCACUUUCUUUGUGUUCAAAUAUCCUCGUCAAAAGCUAACCAGGAGGAGAAAGGGGUACAGAAGCAUCCUUUAAUGGCAGACCUCUAUUCUGAAGAAGGAUCUUUCAUGCCCCAGGCCCCCGGGGACCUUCUCCCGCGACCCUUCCCCUGCCGCCACCGCUGCCUCUCCGGGAUCCCGGCAAUCCCUCCCCCUCCCGCCGCCCCCCGCGGGCAGCGGGCCUCCGAAGGGCGCCUCCCCCGCCCGGCUCCAGUCGCCGCCAGGCGCCGGGCCGGACCGGGCGGGCUCCGGGCACAGCUUGGCGCAGCUCCUCGAGAGCCCCCGCCCCUACCUGCGACCCUAGGAGCUCUCGCAGCAGGGCCUCCUGACGGGCAGGUGGCAAGCACAAACGGCCACCUGUGGUCCGGGGCGGGCCGGAGGUGUGGAACCUGGAGAAAGCCCCACCCGGGCAGACGGGCGGAGUCACAGUUUGCGCUGAAGUUUCUAGACCCGUCAUUUGUGCCCAUCACGAAUUCCCUCACCCAGGAACUCCAAGAGAAACCGUCUAAGUGGACAUUUAACCGGACAGCGUUUUUACAUCAAAGGCAAGAAAUUCUCCAGCAUGUCGAUGUAAUAAAAAAUUUUUCUUUGACCAAGAAUAGUGUUCGGAUUGGACAACUCAUGCACUAUGAUUAUUCCAGCCAUAAAUAUGUCUUCUCUAUUAGCAAUAACUUCCGAUCGCUGCUCCCAGAUGUGUCACCCAUUAUGAAUAAGCAUUAUAAUAUUUGUUCUGUGGUUGGAAAUAGUGGGAUCUUGACAGGGAGCCAGUGUGGACAAGAAAUAGAUAAGUCAGAUUUUGUUUUCCGUUGCAAUUUCGCCCCUACGGAGGCUUUUCAAAGAGAUGUUGGAAGGAAAACCAACCUUACCACCUUCAACCCCAGCAUCCUGGAAAAAUAUUACAACAAUCUUUUGACCAUUCAGGACCGUAACAACUUUUUCCUCAGCUUAAAAAAGCUUGAUGGGGCCAUCCUUUGGAUCCCUGCAUUUUUCUUCCACACUUCAGCAACUGUUACCAGAACAUUAGUUGACUUUUUCGUUGAACACAGAGGUCAGUUAAAAGUCCAAUUGGCUUGGCCUGGAAAUAUAAUGCAACAUGUCAACAGGUACUGGAAAAACAAACAUUUGUCGCCCAAACGGCUGAGCACAGGUAUCCUUAUGUAUACCCUUGCGUCAGCAAUUUGUGAAGAGAUCCAUUUGUAUGGAUUUUGGCCUUUUGGAUUUGACCCCAACACAAGGGAAGACCUUCCAUACCAUUACUAUGACAAAAAAGGAACCAAAUUUACCACCAAGUGGCAAGAGUCCCACCAGCUGCCUGCUGAGUUUCAGCUGUUAUACCGAAUGCAUGGGGAAGGGCUCACCAAGCUGACUCUGUCACACUGUGCCUAAGAACUCCACACGGAAAGUGCCAAGCGGCUGUUUAAAAAGUGCCCCGAGUCCAAUUGAAUAGUCUCCAGAAUAGAACCCUAGAGAAUGUCUUAUAAGGAUUGUCUGCCAUUUGAAAGGAAAGACGUCUUUUCGCUCUCUUUUGCACUGCUCUUUUAAGAGUUCUAGCAGACUUAGCAGGACAGAUGCGUUGAAGCCACAUGAUUUAAACUUGAUUGAAAAAGGAAAUGUUGCGUUUGGAACUAUGCUGCUAAUGAAAGGGUUUGAGGUAUUUUCAAGUUUGUAUUUUCAUAAUAAACCGCUUCCCUUUUUAGGGGGAUUAGAGCUCUGGUUUCUGCAGCUCUGCUCAGACAUGGUCCUCGUAAUCAGAGGCCUCUGGUCGGCUGAGGCAAGAUCUCAGUUUUGCCAGUGGGAUCGAACUCUUCAAGAUGGAAACAUAAAAAAACUGGUUUGCUUAUCUCAUCUCUCUACCUAUCUCCAUCUCGAUCAUCUCUCUCCCUCUCCCUGCAACCAUUCCUUGCCCUACCACUGUGGAGUUUAAUAAUUUGCUAGGAAUUCUAUCGAAUUAGCUUUGCUUGUAUGUGUUGCAUUUGUACUUGGUGUGUUUAAGGCUCUGGGUAACUUUGACGUUUCGUGGCAAACCGAGUAAGUUAGAUGGAUUCCCUCAUGAUUCCUUUGGCAAGAAAUGCCUAUUAGGAAAUCCUCACUCGUUCAUACGUCACUCGGCAGCAGGGUGGUCCCUCUGUGGUGAGUGGCGCAUCUCUCACAAUCACAAGGUCGAAGUCGUGGGUGGCACCGCCUCUCUCCACAUAGGUGCUGUUAUGGCAAAUGAUAGCACUGUGGCCCCAUCUGCAAGGGCAUUCUAGCCUAGGCUUCGUCCCUCCCAUAAUCCCAGCCCAAGCACAGAGCUGGGCAUUCUCUCAGAAUAUAGAGGCAACAAGUCAGCUUAAGACCCUGGGACACGUAAAGGACAGGAAGAGGAAUGUUUAGAAGCUAUCAUGAAAUCCUGUAGAUCCCAAAGUGUUGUAGUCAUGUUACCCAUUCAGAGCCUUUGAGAACCAGCAGGGAUAGAGUGGAGCAGAAGCUUGGAGGUUGGCCAGGCCAGGCCCCCAUGAAUAGUGCAGAGGUGAAGUCAUUUUCAGUACCACUGUGUCUGCCAUCACCAAUCCAGAGCCAUUUGUUCUCUUCGAGACAAUUGUAGACACUGGAUUGUCCCUCUGUCCCCUGAAAUCAGAGCCAUGCAUCUACAAAUUAAGCAUUUUGUAAGAAAAACCGUCCUGUAGUGGCAAGAUUUGGCCCUCAAUAGCCCUUGAAAUUUGAGAUGUAUGUGGACCUGCCGGGAAGGAAUUAGUUGACCAUUUUCUUUUUCCUAAUUUCAGCCUUAAGAAGAGAAAUCACAUUAAUCCCAUCCUUGGCUUUUUACUGAGCAGCACUUUGUUCUUCUAAUUCAGCCCAAAGUCUGGCCAAGUUGAUGUUAAAUUUUAAUAAGAGUUUGUUUCUUCUUUCCAAAUGCCAGUCAAGCAGAUUUGUUAUGCGUUUGAGCACAAUAGCCUGUUCUUUUCUAAAAAUCUUAUCUAGGUUGCUUGCAACAUGAGAAAUACUGUUUAAAAGAUUGCUGUAGUUCAGUAAUCAGCUCACUACUCCUUUUUGCGAAGACACGAUCAUGCCUAAAAUUCAACCAAGUACAACAAGGAAAGACACAGUCCUUAUGCUUAUGUUCUGCCUGUCCUAAAGCCGUCUUGUUCUUUUUAGAAGGCUACUUAAUUAGAGCAACUUAUAUAGACCCAGAUAUUAACUAAUGAAAGAAAAACCAGGUUCCAAUGUGUCACCAAUUGUGACAUCCCGUAUGGUAUAAUUAUAAGAGGAGGUAUUAAAAACAUUUUUAAGUCCAAUGGUAUAAUUUGAUGGGCAUCAAAACUUUACCAUGUUUGUUCCCUGUCUCUUUAAAGAGGACAGUACUACUGCUCUCAUGCUGUGCUCUGUUAGGGUCACUGAGAAAUUUAGAACUGACGGUAGUGUUUGGUUGACUGCUCCUAAGCACUUAGUUCAUUCAUUUGGUUACAGCUGAAUGAUAUUAAUGCCAAUAUUAUGUAGGCUGGAUUCUGACUCUGAAGUCUUAACCCAAUGUGCCUAUUAGUUUUUGCUAAAUAGAAAUGCAUAGACACUUUUAACCAAGCAGGUUAAAAGAGCAAAAGACCAGAAUCCUUAAAAAGUUAAUUGUUCCGUAGUAGAAGAUUUCCAUUUUAUCUCACCAUAAUGUCAAGGUGUUUUGUUUGCUUUUUUUUUUUUUUUUUGAGUUGGAGC